ACAACGCAAAGCUCGAAUACAUUGAAUGAUAUGCAUAAGGAGCUCUGUGUACUAAUUAAAUAGGUUGUAAUUGGCUGAUGUGAAAUCAUGCAUUUCUUUUCCUUCCUUAAUUUCGUGAUUCAAUCCGUUUACUAGAAAAAUCCACUGUGCGAUGAAAUGACCUGUGACAGCUACAAGCUGACAAUGUCUUACGUUUGAUAUACACAUUGUUUUGAUCUUCCAUUGUUAUCUUUGGUAGCUGAGUCAAAGGUAAACAUUAAGCCACUUUGCAUAAUAAUACUUAGGUAGCUCUAGGCUUCUCAGAAAUCGUAGCCUUUCGGUGAAAAUAGAUGUCAAAAUGGAGUCCGCAGCCCUCAUGAAACCAUGACUCAAAAAUGAUGGCGUAAUAAACAUUGGUCACGUGUCCAAUGUUGUAUGCGGCAGAGCAAUCGAUGCACGUAUCGUAAUUCAAUGAAAUUCUUCAGCUUCCUUGAGAUAUAUAAGUCAAAAGCAGCAGACUCCACGGGUCAUUUUCAAGGAAAUACGGAACGCGAUGAUUGAACUACGACAGGACUCUCUCCAACAAAGCAAAUCUCUUCGAUGGAUCAGCAUUUUGCUCGGUGCUAUUCUUGUUGCUCUUGGUAUACACUCGUACGUCUUGAUCAGAAGAGAUUUCAAAGAGCAUUCGUUAUCCUCAGAAUUGAAGGAGCUGAGAAAAAUGGUGGAGGAAUUGUCUUCCAAAGUAGCUAAAACAGAGGGAGAAAACGAGAAUUUAAGAGAAGAGCUCUUUAACACAGAGGUAAAGUUAGAGAACUUGCAGUAGAAGUUUCCAGAUUUCUAUAUUCACCGAACAUGGGCCUCUUUCCUUUCUUCAGGCAAACUAACAAAGAGUGACUGCCCAAACUUGAAGUAUAUCCUAAAAGUUAUCAUCAAGUCUCUUGACAUCGAUAAAAUUCGAACUACGAUUUAUUCAACUCUUUUGUUUUGCAUCUUGCAGAUCUCCCGCCAGCGAAGGAAUCCUAAUCGUAAGUAAUGAUAUAAUUAGUUUUGCAUAAUGUUAAUUUCGAAUGUCGGUGAGUGGUUGAUUAGUGCACGGCGGCGAGUUCACGUUCGAGUCAAUAAGUAGUUCUCUGUCCCCGACCUUUGGUCAAAAAUAAAUCCGCGUUGUCAUAUUAAAAAUCUUUUAGCUUUUUUCAGCUAUUUACUUUUCACGCAUGCUCCGUAAACGUGAUCAUUAACAGUGAAUAUCUUUUUACAACAGAAUACGUGAUUAUGUAAAGUCUAUUGCAGAUGGCUGCAUGUUUUGUCCUACUUCCGUGUUUUCAAUGAAACAGAGUUUACGAACAAGUUAUUCGGUUUCAUGUGUUAGGUGAAAGGAUAAGGUCACAAUAGGAAAAAAAAAAACCUUGCACAAACAUUGUUAAUGAUUUUUUUGUAAAGAUCUUCAACACUGUGAUAUUUUCAUGUACUUCCAGCGCAUACUAAGUGGAACAAAUUUAGUUAACCAUUUUCUAAUUCAGCCGAAAGUUGGGUUUCUUUGACUACCAGUUUCAUUUGAAGAUUCGUGUCCCGUGAGACAAAAAAAGAUUAACACUGCGGUCGAGUCUAAGUACUUCUGUUAAAGCGCUCUACAAACCACUAUCAAUGAAAUACAACGCCAAUGUCAUAGCUGAGCAUGCUCAGAAGACCUCUUGAAUACCGUACUCACCGGGAAUUACACCGGAAAGUCGGUUUAUUUUUGGGCCUAUAAACAGAUUACUAAAGAUCCGAAGGCCUAGUCGAUGUUGAAAUUUGAUGUGAAUCGGAUCAUAUUAAAUGUUGUUGGUUUGCAGCCAGCUUUGAUUUUGCACGAGCUAUUAUCAACUUCCUGCCAUUAGAAUCCAUACAUGUUCCUUUUAGAAACGCGAUUUCAGUUGGCGGUAACAUUUGUUGAAAGAUUUUGCUUCAGACGGAAGGAAACGACUGUUUUUCGCCGCGACCAGAACAUUUGUUGAAAGCAAUGAAUGAUAAAUGAAUUAAAAAAAAAUAAAAAAAAACACUCGAAAACAUCCUGUGUUCCUAAGUAAACGCAAAGGAGAUUCAAAGAAAGUCCCUCUCGUUCCAUCCACUAAAACUACGAAAAACCAUUUGCUAAGAGUUAGAUAGAGACAGUUUGGCGUAUUUUCAGCUCGAUCUUCGUGUUGAGAAAGAUGUGAAAGGAAGGUAUUUGUUUAUCGUGUCACGAGCGUGAGUUAACCGAAAAAGUCUGAGUCCUCAUGAGUAAUCGAACCUCAGUCCGCUGUGCAAUUUGCAUUGUUUGGAAAAGCACAUGUUGAUCACACUAACGUAUCUAUGGAUUGUAUCCAGUGUUAUUCUUUGCCCAACCCAAAUAAACAUAGAAAUAUUAAUCGUCAGUUAGAGUAAAAAAAACCACAUGAAAAAUGUAGAAGGUUUAAUACAUAUCUAUUACGUACCACAAUAAUUUCACGUUGCAAUUCCCAGAAUUCAAACGUUUGAAUCCUACUGUAACGAUGAAAUUGUAUCAUUCUUGUCAUACAGAUCACCCUUGCCAUUUGUUGAAGCACUGCAAGAAAAAACACCAUAAAACUGCUGAAGGUAUGCAUUCCUUACCAAUUUAAUUGAAUUUGUUUGCUCAAAUGGGGUUAAAUCAGACAACUCUUAAAGCACAGAGCCGAAUGAUUCCCAGCUACUGUUUGAUGUCACUCGUGAUCUCAGUGAAGCAACGUAAAAUAAAUAUAUAAUGUGUUUAAUAGAUGUGUUUGGUCGGUCGUGUAUUAUUAGGAUUUUUAGAGACGCAGCGAAGCAUUAUCACUAAUGUGUGAUGCGCUCCACAUGUACUCAGUAAUUAUGAGGUGCUUAUUUAAGAUAAUUAAAAUGAUUUAAAAUCUAACUUGAACACACGCACCGCAUGUUAAUCAUAUAGAACAGAUUCCUAAUACAUACUCAUAUUUUUUUUCAAUUUAGGAUUAAAUUGCACUUUGGUUAUGAAAUGCCAACCAGAAGGUACAUAGAAAAGUUGUUAUCUCUUUUUUUCUAAGACGAUGGAAGCUUUAAUUUAGCCAUACAUUUCAGUAAGCAAUAUGACAAAGAGGCACACCACUUCAGCUCAUGACGAUUUUGAGUUUAAACGCAUCACUUAGCACAGAAAAGAUAUGAUCUUUAGGCAGAUUUCAUCAACGUACGUAAGCGAACUUUCUUACUCAGCAGCUAGGAAAAUAGUCCUUGAUAUCAGUUUGACCGAAAAAACUAAAUCUUGCUCUCUCUCUCUCUAUAAAGUAUUUAGUUAACAAAAAUACCAGUAUAUAGAGGAAAUGCACAGAACUCUUUGGUAGCCGAUUCGAACACAGAAUCUCUGUUUAGUUUUGGGACUCGCCUCCCGAAAGUUGCAGUAACUUUGCAGGCCUGAAGAAAUACUUUAAAAUCGCAAUUGAUAGUAAUAUGCAUUAGCUGUGUUAUCAGCCAAUACGCACGACACUAACUUUUUCCAACGCUAAUUUUUUUCAGCAUUUAUACAUAUGUCUGAAGUCGGCUUAGGCAAGGAAGAAAUCAAAAAAAAGUUGAAACAAGGUACUGUUAUCCAAGAUGUGUAAUGUAGAUGUAGUUGAUAUUCAGGCCUUCAUGUAAGAAAGAUUGUACUGAGAUUCGUAUAUUUCUUUUUUAUUUCUUUUCUUUAUCCUAUUAAUAUAAUGAUGACUCGUUUUCCAAGACAAGGGUAUAAUCGUGUUGCCUUGUCUGAAUGUGUAAAUAUAUGAGUUUUAAUUUCUAGAGAGCAUGCGUUUUUGUUUGAACCGGAAGUUAAACAUAAGAAAUCCUUGACAUAAGAAAUCCUUUACACGUCGCUAACAGAGUGAAAAGAGGGACUAUAGAAAAUAUUUAAUUAAAAGAAUGACUGCCAAUUAACUACCAAUCAGGAGAAAGGUCAUACGAAUAUUACAGAGCCUUAAGGGGAAUCAGGUAAAUGUUAUCAUGACACAAAUAAAAUCCUCAGACUUCCCCUUGGGCGAUAAAUAACAGCCAGUCUCUUAGGAAAAGACACACAAUUUUCUAUCAGGAUUUUCAUGGUGUCGUUCAAUUCGAAAUGUCCUUCUUCUUUCAGGCAAUCGAAAAACUAUAUUGCGUUGGGUCAACUACGAUCCUCUAAUAGGCAACAAAAUCAAGUCACCUGACAAGGAACAACUCUUUUUUGAACUAGAGGGCUGGUACUCAGUUUAUUUGAAUCUCAGAGUAAGUGCGAACAUAACCGAGGUUAAAGUUGUAAAUGUCAAUGGAACAGGAGAGACUAAGCCGAUGUCUUUCACACCAAUACCCUCAAUUGACACCAGCGGUAAAUAUUUUGGGACUGUUCACAUAUCUCGACUACUAAAGAUAUCCAGGAACACUAUAUUGUCUGUUCAAGUGGUGUUCAAAGCUAAGGGAAAGGUCCAAGAAGACCCUAAAGAGUUAUUUCCCAAUUGUGGAGGAUCAGAUCCAAGGAGGCAAGAAGACAACUUUGGAGCUUUUCUGGUGAGUUAAAAAAAAACCACACAACCACGAGAUGAACGUGGUUUCCAUUUUCUACCGUCAUUUUGAAGAGGGAUGGAUCACGGCGGUAAAAUUCCUGAUGGAAUUAAUUUUAGUGAACACUCUCCUUUUGGACGAGGGAUUAUUUCCUCGUUAACAUGAAUGCUGUUAAUGACGACAUAAGCCAAAAGAGCAGGUCAAACUAAGUAAUCGGUCUCAAUAUGAAUAUAAUGUGAAGGGUAUUAUCUGUGAAAUCAGUCUGUAAGAGAAAAGAAAAGUGGAAUUAACAACUUUUACAUUUUUGACUUUGCAAGCUCUUUGGAUUUAUUGAAAUCCAUGAUUGUAGUUCUAUAGUUCUGUCAUUUGUGCUUAGUUACGUUAAAAUGCUGGACUCGUAGAUUGUGAUUUUGUUGUAAGUUAUGUAAAUAUGCAAUCCUUUGAAAUCGAGCACGUUUUGAUUGAUUGUCGAAAAACCAAAACUGAAGUUAUUGUGAGAGCCAGUCAGAACAAAUAGAGCAUGAAUCACGAGGGGCUGACUAAAACUCUAAGUCUCUCUGGAAGCGCGGUAAAACGAGAGUGAUCGAGUCGCCAUUUGUUUUUCGUCUAACAUCUGAUUGGUUAAGAGAAUGGCGCAAGUUUUCCUGACCAAUCAGAGCAAAGUAAUGCAGAAACAAAGCGAUCCCGAAUUACUUUCGACACUCGAUUGAAAUUGGUUAAAAUAAAAUGAUUGUAAAUACAGCACCAGGCAGACUCACCCAACGCGGUAACGAGGUGUUUAUGUCGUUCCCACGGUAUGCACUGCGUUGUCCUGGGGACAAGAUAAUUAGGAUGGAAGUGAGAAUAGGUAGCUUAUCUGUAAAUAUAACUUGGGGUUGACGAGUCAUCGAAUCCAAUCCAUGACUGAAUGAAAAAUGAUCUGUAAACAUGACCAAUAAACA